AACCAAGUUAGAUUACAAGCUGAUUUAGUGUAAGAAAACAUUUCCUUAGAGCAUAAAAGAAAGUUAAGAACAUGGCUGUUGAUGCUGAAAUUGAGCUCCCAACCAUUGAGUUCCGUUCAUCGGAUUUGAAGCGAGGAACCGAAGGGUGGAACCGUUUGUGCAAGAGGGUUCGAGAGGCUUGUGAGACUUUCGGUUGUUUCGAUGUGGUGUACAAAAAGAUAUCAACAAAAAUUCGAGAGGAUGCAUUUGAAUUGUUGAAAGAACUAGUUGAGGUCCCAGUGGAGAGGAAACAGAAGAACACUAGUCCCUUGCCUUACCAUGGUUGGGUUGGACCAUGCGAGCAGGUUUCUGUGUUGUAUGAAGGCUUCGGAGUCGGAGAUGCCUCCAACUAUGACUCUGUUAAAAGCUUUGCUCAACUUAUGUGGCCUAAUGGUCACCCACGCUUUACUGAGACCAUACAUACCCUAACAACGCAAAUCGAGGAGCUGAACAAGUUAAUUUGGUUAAUGCUAACUGAUAGUUACGGAUUACGGGAGGAUUCACUGAAAAUGAACUACACAACGUUGGUGCGGAUGAUGAAAUACCUGGCCCCUCCACCAGGGGAAUAUGAGAGAGGACUCUUUGCUCAUACUGAUAAACCAGUUAGCACACUUAUUUGUGAGGACAAAAUUUCAGGGUUGGAAAUUGAGGUCAGUGAUGGCCAAUGGAUCAAGUUGACUAAUUUAUCUCCUUCUUCCUUUGUUUUUAUGGUUGGAGAUCCUCUCAAGGCAUGGAGUAAUGGGAGAUUGAAAUCAGUAAAUCACAGAGUGAUGAUGAGCGGAGACAAAGAUCGAUAUUCUAUAGCAGCCUUUGUCAUUCCAAAUGAGGGUACUAUAAUCAAGGCACCCAAAGAACUUAUAGAUGACCAACAUCCUCAGCUUUUCAAGGAAUUCGAUUUCAUGGACUUCUUCCUUUAUGCCUUUUCUGACCCAGCAAAGCACAUCGACAACGGCCAACUGCUCUACUCCUAUGCUUCUCUUUCACCACCGGUUUCCCAUUAAAUGCAUACCGAUAUCGACAAGUAAAAGCCCAGUUUUAGUAUUAAAAUAAUAUUACAAAUAAUAAAUGGGGUCCUAUACUUGAGAUUUCCAUUUUUGUAAUGUAUUACCAUGUUAUAGGGUUUUUUUCUCAUUAAAGAAAGUUUUAUUAAUAAAA